AUGGAGUGGAUAUGUGUUCCUCUUGUGCUUUUCUGUGGGAUUCAUUUAGCUUUUACACAGUUCAACGGAUUCAACUGUGAUCCAAACUACCACAGCAGAUUCCCUGGUGAGAGAGAUAUCAGUGUAUACUGUGGCGUUCAGACAAUCACACUAAAGAUUAACCUCUGUCCUGUGCUGUACUCUGGAUACACUGAUGCUGACUUGGCACUGAACAGUCGUCAUGGAGACUCCCAAUGCCGAGGCUUCAUAAACAACAAUACUUUCCCCACAGCUGUGCUCUUCAGUAUCAGCCUGAGCACACUGGAGGCCUGCGGUAACAUGCUGGAGGUUUCUACAUCUCAAGGCUUUAAUGCCUAUGGGAACAUCUCCAUGGUACAGAUGGGUAAUAUAUCAGGCUACAUUGACACCCCAGAUCCUCCAACUGUUAUCAGCUACCUGCCAGGUCUGGUGUAUAAAUUCAGCUGUAGUUAUCCUCUGGAGUACCUGCUCAACAACAGCCAGCUGGCAGCCUCAUCUGCUGCAAUAUCAGUGAAAGACAACAACGGCACUUUCCUGAGCACUCUCAGUCUAGUGCUUUACAAUGACUCAACCUUCAGUCAGCUGAUCUCUAUACCAAUGUCCGGCCUGUCCUUGAAAACUCGUGUGUUUGCUGCAGUUAGGGCUACAAAUCUGGACAAGAGGUGGAACGUUCUGAUGGAUCACUGUUACGCCACCCCCUCUGGGAACCCUAAUGAUGGGAUACGCUACAACCUUUUCUUUGGGUGCUACAAGGAUCCACAGACAACUGUAUUUGAGAACGGAAAAAGUCAAAUGGGCCGCUUUGCGUUUGAAGUUUUCCGUUUUGUGAAACAUAAGAACCAGAAGACAUCCACAGUGUUUCUGCACUGUAUUACAAAGCUGUGUCGAGUAGAUGACUGCGCAAUACUAAUGCCGAUCUGUGGAAAACGCAGGAGGAGAGACACUGUGGAGGAACAUGUCGUAACAGGUUCAUCCUCAGGGGAUGCCGUCAUAACCGCAGGGCCCAUAAUCACUAGGAGCGAUGAAUCUCCAACCAACAACUCACAACUUGUGAGCGGAUCCUCCCAGCAUCUGAAUGCUGUAACCAGUGCCUUGAUAUCGGGUGUGGUUGUGCUGGGAGUGACGAGUCUGGGCCUCUUCAUCCUCUCCCUCAGGCUGCUCAGGAAGCCCAGCCCUUCUAGUCUGACAGGGGUCUGGAACCCCAGCUUCAGAUGACCAUGACGUCCAAAUCCAGAGUGCACUGAAAUACGUCAAACAAUAUUUGGUCACUGCUCUCGCAUGUCACAAAAUUGCCAUUG